AGUCUCGAACCGACGUCUGCAUACAUAUAGUUUCGCUCGGUAUCUCGUGCUGUUAACACGUUGAGUGUCACACUAACCAGCGUGCGCUUUCGACACGAACGAAAGAGAAUUAACUUCACAAGGUGGUAUUGUGUUUAUGUUAUGUGGUGACAAGUUUUCUGGAUUAUAAUUACUUUAAUUAGGAUUAAAGGUUUUCGUUGAUCAUCAAGGUAAUUGUCUUAAUCAAAAUUAAAUAACAAUGAAGUGAUUGUUUUAUAGAAUUAUUACGCACAAAAUUAAUUUUCGUCACCGAUUAAAAACGAAAUACAUCUUUUGUAAUACAUUGAUAACAUUUAUUUUGAUUAAAAGUGCUCAAUCAAACAUUUAGUUUAACCAAUUAAUGUGACUUAAUUAAGUUUUGUUUCCAAGUUAACAACGUAAUUAAAAUAAAACGAAAAGUAACAAUGAUGAAACAUGUGCAGUUGUCUCCGUUUAGGAGCAGAGCUGACACAGUAUCCCUAAGCUCGACGACAUCUUAUGGUAGCUUGAGCCCGGAGCCGCUUGGUAGCAGAUCUUCAAGCAUCUCGUCUCUCAGCGAAUCCAAUAACUUACACACUACAAUAAAAAUCUACGCAAAAUGUCUCCGACCCGAUAUAGAAUACAAAACCCUAAGCAUCACGUUUCAAACAACAAGUAAAGAAGUUGUGGCCACGUUACUUAGUAAAUACAAAAUGAAACAUAGAGAUCCAAAGCUUUUCUAUUUAAGCAUGGAAGUAACUGUGAGAAAAGCUGGGGUAAGGACCCAAUUAGCUUUAGAUGAUGAGGCGAAACCUGCGGUUCUUCAAAGUUGUCAUCCAAAAGGUGAUUCUAAAUUUUCACUUCAAACUCGACGAGGCGGUUUAGUGAAAGUUUACGAUUCAGCUUUAAAUAGUCACUCGCAGUACAAAAGCUUGUUGAUAAGCGCGCGAACGACAGCUGAUGAAUUAAUAGCGCUUUUGCUUUCUUGUUCAAAUAGCAAAGAGCGAGUCGAACAAUUUUCUUUGUACGAAGUGUGCACCAGCAAAGAACAACAAAGAAAACUACAUCCGGAUGAUCGACCUUUGGUGGUCCAACAAACUUGGUUACCAAGUAAUCAAUGUCACUUUUUAAUCAGAAGAAAUCCAGAUUAUUUACCUUUAUCAAGACGAAAGAUGUUUUGGACAACAGCACCAUCGAUGACACAAAUCAAAACUCCCCAAAGUUUACACCUAUCUAAAUCACACACAUCGCUCCUCCCUUUAAGAUAUCCGGAAGAAUCGAGUGCCAAAAAGACUACAAAACCAAGUGAUGAUAAACAUCCAUCUUCUAAUAAUAGCUUAAGCAUAAAGAAUUCUGGACCAUCAUACGCUGAUUAUGAAAAUUAUUUUUACAUCUAAAUUAAACAAUUUGAUGUUAACUAUAUUGUUGUGUUUUUUGGAUGUGAUACACACAGUCAACACUGUUGCAACCAAAGAAAGAAAGAGGCGGCUUGGAAGUAUCUUUCAUCGAAUCGAAUAAUUUCAUUCAUUGUAUUUAUUAGCAGUAUUCGUUUAAGUGUACAACUGCAUGUAUAGGAUGUACUAAGUAAUUAUGUAGCUACAAAAUCCUACCAUUAUACAUAUAUACUUUUUCCUCCAAAGAUUACCAUUAUUAGAUUUUAAUUGUUGUAAAUGUCUGUAUAUUUAGAGUAAAUUUACGAUUUUUUCCUCUUCAUUCUUCUUAUUUGUGCAAUUGUUAAAUCUAUUUAACUUAUUUAUAUGCCAAAGAUAGAUGUAAUUUGUGUAUAUAUUUUUUCUUUGUAAAAUUAAAGUAUCCAAUAAAAAUAUCGAAAUAAAUUUUGCUUUAAAGUGA